UCUCAGCGCUGCGGUCCAAUAUAGCGCAUGCGCCCUGCCCGAGGACUGGCAGAGAGACGGCAAUAUGGCGAGAAUGCCUGGCAGCGGGGACUGUAACACCAGCCCCAGCAGCAGCGCCAGCGCCGGCGCCGCCGCCGCCGCCGAGAACAAUGGGGAGCGGGGCGAGGGCGAGCGCGGCGGCGGCGGCGGGGGCAGCAGCCGGCCCAGCCACCCGCACUACUGCAGCGCCGGCGAAGAGGAGGACGACGACGACGACGAGAUCCAGGAGGUGCAGAUAACGGGGGACGAGGAGGAGGAGGAGGAGGAGGAGGAGGAGGACGGAGGUGGGGGGCUGGAGGAGGAGGAGGAGGAGGAAGAAGAGGAGGAGGAGAUGGGUCUGGACUGGGACGAGCCCCUGGAGCCCGAAUACUCCGCCGGGGAAGAGCUGGAGCCCGAGCCGGUCCAUAUGAUCCAUAUGGACCAGAGCACGGAGCUGGACCCGGAGUCGGAGCCGCUGCUGCUGCCGCCCCGCAGUGGGCCGGCCGAGGACCCGGAGCUGGACCCGGAGCUGCUGCAGCGCCCCGAGCGGGCCCGGCUGAGCGAGAACACCCGGCUGGCCACCCGCUAUGCCGUGCGCAUCUUCCGGGAGUACCUGAGCGAGAAGUCGCAGAGCCCGGACUUCGAGACCAUGGACAAGGGGGCGCUGUGCCGGGUGCUGCGCUCCUUCUACGCCGAGGCCCGCUCCAAGAGCGGGCAGCUCUACAGCAAGUCGUCGCUCAUCAGCAUCCGGAGCUCUCUGAACCGCUACCUCAACGAGCCCCCUUACUGCCGCACCCUGGACCUCACCAAGGACCCCGAGCUGCGCAGCGCCAACCUGACCCUGGCCGCGGUGAUCCGCAAGCUGGAGGAGCAGGGCGCGGGGCCGGUGGUUCAGAAGCAAGCCAUCACCCGGGCUGACCUGCGCAAGCUGUACACCUCCAGCGUCUUCAGCACCAACACCCCCUUCGGGCUGCUCAACAAAGUCUGGUUCGAGGCGUGCAUGUACUUCUGCACCCGCGGCCGGGAGAACCAGCGGGAGCUGGAGGAGGACUCUUUCGGGCUGGCCAUGGACGAGGACGGCCGCAAGUUCGUCUACUUCAAGUCCCUGGGGCCCUAUCACAAGUCCCGCUCGUCGUCCUGGAGCAAGAAGCGGGCGGAGAGCAGCGACGAAGAGAAUCUGCCCCGCAUGUACGAGACGGGCACGGAGUUCUGUCCCUACGCUAGUUUCGUCAAGUACCUGUCCAAGCGCAACCCACUCUGCAAGGCUUUCUUCCAGAGGCCCCGGGACCAUUGCAACGAGGGCGAUGUGACCUGGUACGAGAACAAAGCCAUCGGCAAGAACUUACUUGGCACCAGGAUGCAGAUGCUCUCUAAGGCAGCCAAGCUGUCCAAAACGUACACCAACCACUGCAUCGGCGCCGUCUCCAUCGCCACCCUCAACAGCAUCGCAGGCAUAGGCACCAAGCUGGGACCCCCCGCCCCGCAGGGCUGCUACGCCGAGGCUCUGAACGGGGGAGCUCGCCACCACCACCACCACCACCAUCACCACCCCUCCGCCCCCCACCAUCACCACCGCCCCCAGCCGCCUUCGCUGGGGAACACUUACAUCCUUCCCAAAGAGAGCCAGGUGGUGGCCGACGUGAAAGCGGAGGCUGCUCCCAAGCGGGCCCUCUACGAAGCCGUGUUCGGGGCAAGUGAAGUCUGCGGUCCCUCUUCCCCUAAAAGACUGUGCAUCCGCCCCUCGGAGCCCGUAGAUGCGGCGGCGGUGGUAGUAGUUUCGGUGAAACACGACCCCCUGCCUCUUCUUCCCGAAGUCAAUGGGCACCGAAGCACCAAUUCUCCCACAGUAGUUUCACCUGCUAUUGUUUCCCCCACCCAGGACAGUCGGCCCAAUAUGUCAAGACCUCUGAUCACUAGAUCCCCUGCAUCUCCAUUGAACAAUCAAGGCAUUCCUACUCCAGCACAGCUCACAAAAUCCAAUGCACCCGUCCACAUUGAUGUGGGUGGUCACAUGUAUACCAGCAGCUUGGCCACACUCACCAAAUACCCUGAAUCAAGAAUUGGAAGACUUUUUGAUGGCACGGAGCCAAUUGUUUUGGACAGUCUGAAACAACAUUAUUUCAUUGACAGAGAUGGACAGAUGUUCAGAUAUAUACUAAAUUUUCUACGAACAUCAAAACUACUCAUUCCGGAUGAUUUUAAGGACUAUACUUUGUUAUAUGAAGAGGCAAAGUACUUUCAGCUCCAGCCCAUGUUAAUGGAGAUGGAAAGAUGGAAACAAGAUCGAGAAAAUGGCCGCUUUUCUAGACCCUGUGAGUGCUUAGUGGUACGAGUUGCCCCAGACCUUGGAGAGAGGAUUACACUCAGUGGUGAUAAAUCUUUGAUAGAAGAGGUGUUCCCAGAAAUUGGAGAUGUGAUGUGUAAUUCAGUCAACGCAGGUUGGAAUCACGACUCAACGCAUGUCAUCAGAUUUCCACUGAAUGGAUAUUGUCACCUCAACUCAGUUCAGGUACUUGAGAGGUUGCAGCAAAGAGGCUUUGAAAUUGUGGGCUCCUGUGGAGGAGGGGUAGACUCUUCCCAAUUCAGUGAAUACGUAUUGAGGCGAGAGCUCAGACGGACAUCUCGUGCACCCUCUGUCAUUCGAAUAAAGCAGGAGCCUCUGGACUGAAUGGACAUGUUUCUUAUGCAAAAAGAAAAAAAAAAGGAAAAGAAAAAAAGGGACAUUCAUGUGCAGUUGGGACACCAAACCAAGUCUUGGAAUGAAAAUCGAAUAAAGACACAUUUAUAUCAAAUAGAGACCAUACCUGUAUUCAUAUGGGAACAAUUGGAAUAGUAAUAAUAACCUCAAGGUGUAAAAAA